CAGCAGACUGCACUGAAGAAGAAACACUCACUCAAUAGCGACCUACAUUACCACUAGCGUUAAACCCUUUGAGGAUCCUCCACACCACGUCUGAAAUCUGUAGGGCCGAGACGCUGCUGCAACAUUGGACCAAAAUGCUGCCGUUCCCAGUGAGAUGGUUUAGUCAAUGAAAUGUGUGGAGUAGAACCAAGAAACACUGUUUCCUGGAGGGAGAGAUACAGACACAGCAGCAGCCUCCUCUGACCUCCAACUUCUGGUCAUAACACACUUCUUCAUAUGUUCUUUAGUGGCCCUACGCUUACAUGAGAUGUACAAGGACACUCUGCUCGCCAACGUCCUUGAUCUCCACUAUUGUGACACACAUUUGGAUCAUAACUGCUGUGGUGAGUGUCAUGGCCGACCAGUCUGUUAGGAUGGUGACAGCCAUCGUGUUGCACAGUGUCUUCUUCCUCUCAGGUGCUUCUGCUGAUUGUUGUGGGAUUACAGCUCUAUUCAUCACUGCACCAAAAGAGAUGGAAGCACUGACUGGAUCUUGUUUGCAAAUUCCAUGUAACUUCAGAGUUAAACAAGGAAAGGAAUUUAACAGCAAAACAACAACCUUUGGAGUGUGGAUUAAAAAUGACCAUUGCUUUGGCCUUUAUCCAAAUAAUGUGAUUUUCAACAGUAGUGGGACAGUUUCCACAUAUCCGAUGAGUUUUACUGGAGACUUGAGUCAGAAAAACUGCACCACUUUAUUUUCCAGUUUAAAAACAACAUACACAGACACAUACUACUUCAGGGUUGAGAACGAAGAAUUUCGAGCAACAGCUUCAUGUGAUCCUCUCCAAAUAACAGUUAAAGAUUCUCCUCCAAAGCCCAGGAUUGAGAUCUCAGGUGAUGUGAAGGAGAAGGAGUCUGUCUCUAUAAGCUGCUCAGCUUCCACUCCCUGUCCACACUCUCCUCCUCAACUCACCUGGAACCUCCAACCAGACUCUCACCACAUGAUGGAGGAAAACACAGAUCGAACCUUCACAACUAGAAUCCACAAGAGCAUCACUCUGUCACAUGAACAUGAUGGAUUCAUCAUCAACUGUUCUGCCAGAUAUCCUGUGAAUGAAGGAAAAGAUGUAAAGACGUCAGAGGAGAGAAAGACUCUCAGUGUU